AUGAUCAACUCACAUGUUUUCCGCCAACAUCUCUUGACAUGCUUCUCUGGAAAUGUUCCCGGAAAACUUUUGGUGGCCUUGUCGGGUGGGGUAGAUUCCAUGUGUCUCACUCAUCUUUUGUUACAAUACAAGAAGUUGUACGAUCCAAAACUUGAAAUUCACACCAUGACUAUAGAUCAUGGCUAUAGAAAAAUGUCAUCUUUAGAAGCACACGAAGUCGGGCGCAUAGUACAGAGUUGGGGUGCCCAUCACUAUAUUCACAGACUCUCCUAUGACAGAAACCCCUCCUCGAUCACAAACUUUGAGGAAGUGGCACGAACAAUGAGAUAUAAUGCAUUUGAACGACAGUGUGAUGAGCUCGGUAUCCAAGCGCUUUUGUUGGCUCAUAACUUGAAUGAUAGGAUAGAAACUUUCCUCCAACGGCUUCAGAUGAAUUCGACGCUUUAUGGUUUAGGCGGCUUGAAACCCAGAGCAACGAUGCCUAUCUCGAGCAAAUCUCCGCAACAAAUCUCAGUAUUUCGGCCACUCUUGCAGUUCGAUAAACAGAGUCUACGAGAGACUUGUGUCAAAAGUGGUGUCUUGUGGUUUGAAGACCACACAAAUGCUGACCUCCAUUUGACGAAGCGGAAUCUCUUCCGAUACAUGGUGAACGAGUAUGUUCCACAAGAAAUACUUCGGAGACCCGAUCUAGCAGUACUUUCAAAAGAGUCCCUACUAAAAACUUUGAACGAAGUUGACGAGUUUUUGACUGUCCUAGAUGACCGUAUAAAGGCCCUAGAUGACUACGUUAUGAAACAGGGCUCUUACGAAUUUAACAAGGGAUUCGCAACUAUAAAAUUUUCCGUCCCGGUACAUAUGUGGCUAUCUUUGGACCCGUCUGUUGCAGCACGUUGGCUAUAUGAGAAGGUCUCACCAAUUUCUUCAGCUAAACAUUUGCAUUGGUCCUAUGCAAAAAUAGAGAGACAAGCCAUGCCUCGAAUCAGAAUGUAUGCGAAAGCCGCAAGGGGAAAAUUGAAUUUAACUUAUCUAAAUGUGGUGUUUCAAAUUGAAAGUGAUGAGGGUUUAUUGCACUUUUCAAUGUCCAAACAGCCUCCAACUAGGAAGGAUCUUGCAUGUAUACGAAGAACUGUCUCUGUCCCUUCUCCGUGGAUGCUUAUAGACCGAACUUGGUGGGUAGAGAUAAAGAAAGCAUCUUCUAGCAAGGUGACUAUCGAGCCUUAUAACUCGAAAAUGAAAAAGCAGCUUCUUGAAGCAUUUCCACAAGUCACGCCAAGCAAAAUAUUGAACCUUCCUAUAAUCAAAGAUGAAAAUACUGUUGUUGGGAUUCCUACAUUGGGCUUAUCAAGAAACGGACUUCAAUACAACAUAAAGUAUAGGAGUGAACACAACUAG